CAUCUGGAAAGUUUUCCUUCAUUUCCUUUCUUGUGGAUGCAGGAGGAAGUAAGAAGAAAUCUCUCCAAAGUGAAGGAAUUGCCCUAUUAGAUGGCUGACAUUAGAACAAGUGUUCCAUUGGAAAUUUCCCCUCUAUUUAGAGUUGCCACUUCAUUUAAACACAUAUUAAUUACACAGGGGUGGACUGACAACUCAUGGGGCCCCCGGGCAAUAGGGGACCAUGGGGCCCCUGUGUGCUCGCGCACACCCAAAAACGCCUAUGAAAAAGCGAAUGAAAGGUACCAGGGGCAUCUCAUGGGGCCCCCUACUGACCCCGGGCCCUCGGGCAGUGCCCGAGUGCUCGAAUGGUCAGUCCGCCCCUGC